AUUGCUAUCGAUAGGCCCAAGGCAAUCAGCUGAUUGGAGGGAGAAAAGCAACAAUUUGAUUUGAGUGGACUUAAAUACUUAAUCUAAGUAUUAAUUGAAAUAAAAGAAGACAUGAGCCAAACUGCUUCUCCGCCCAAGUGGCGCACCUCGGCCAGUGUGAUUCUGGUGACGCGAGAUGCCGUCAAAAGUGAGGAUUACAAGUUACUGAUGCUCAAACGCAGUGAUGACACGGCCAUGAUGGUCAACCAGACAGUGUUUCCAGGUGGACUACUAGAUCCCGCGGCCGAUGAGAGCGUGGCCUGGCUGCAGUACCUCGAGGAGUUUGGUGUCCCGCAGGAGGCACUGCGUCGCCUGGUCCUCAUCCGCGAUGACCGGCCUGCCAUCCUGGCGCCCCAGGGCACCGGCUGCUAUGAUCGGUUCUUCAAGCGCUCCAGCAUUUGGUCGCGGGAGAUUACACUGCGACUCACCGCCGUGAGAGAGUGCUUUGAGGAGGUGGGACUGCUGCUUUGCCGCAGCCGGAGUCAGCUAGACUUCGGUGCAGUCAUCUGUGUCCAGGAUGUGCCAGAUCUGGAGGCGUGGCAACGACGGGUUCACGAAAAACCCAGUGAGUUCCUGAACCUCUGCCGGGAGCUAAAGGUGGUGCCAGACUUGUGGGCCCUGCACGAGUGGUCCGCCUGGGCGAGUCCGGGAUUCAUGCGCAAGGGCUACGAAACGGUUUUCUUCAUGGCUUUUGUAGACAAACAGCCCAAACUUGUGGAGGAACCUUCCGAGGUUAAGGAGACGCUGUGGCUGACACCGAAAGAACUGCUGAAACUGGCCGAUCUCGGUGAAGUUUGGUUUUUGCCCCCACAAGUUUACGAACUGUCGCGCCUAAUGGGAAUCAAGGAGUACCAGAGCUUGCUGGACUUUGCCGUACAACGCAGCGGAUUGGGGACCACUAUGUACUUGCCAGUAGGCUAUGACUGCCAGGGAUCUAUGGUUUUUGUUCUGCCAGGUGAUGAUUUCUAUGUGCCAGACUCGCACCUCGUCAACAAAAUCAUCAGUUUUCCUGGAUCAGAAGAAGAGUUUCGAGCCCGUUCAAAGCAUUUGCAUCGCUAUACCUAUGGACCAUCAAUUCGGAACAUGGAGUUGAAUAUUCCUCCACCCAAUGGACACUUAAAACCGCUGAAAUUUCAUCAGGAGCGCCAAAAGCUGUAAUCACAUUCCGUAGCCGGCCGGCCAUCGACGCGAGUGGUGACCUCGGCUGGUAAGCUCUGAUAAGAUGCUAAGUGUUACCCCUGAAAUGGGACAGUCACAGAUUGUUGUUUUGAAAUUAUUCUAAGCGGCUUUAGCCGGCCAUCAAAUUAUGAAAAACGCUUUCCCCAAAAGACAUUAAUUAUUAUUUUAAGAGAGAAAUUUUAAUUAAAAAAUGUACAGUUUAAGUUAAA